GCCAGAUCCCAAACUCCAAGCCACCUUGGAGGCCAAUCGGGAAGACAGGAGAAAAAUAUGGAGUCAUUUUGUUGAUGAUAUGGCCCAUAAGUGCUCAAGAGUUGAUCAUACAUUUGAGGAAAAAGAGGAAGAACUGAGAGAUUUCUAUUCGGAUUUGGAGCGGAAAUUGCACAUCCACAAAUAAAAUCAUGUCUAAGGGAAGUAUUGUUGAUCCUCGGCUGAGGAUAGUUGCAUCAAAGAAGUUCUGUGAUUACGUGCAGAAGCAUCUGGCAGAUGAGAAAAAUCUUCCGGAAAAUAUUGCAAGAAUUUGUGGAAAGAUUUCUAAGAGUUCCCAGGAAGAGAAUACAAGGACCUACCCAAGUGUUAUUUAUACUGAGAGUGAGAAGAAAUUGUUGGUGACUGCUGAGGAGGUGGCUGAAAAUCCCACAGAGGAGAAGAAAGAGGAAAGGAAACCCGCAAAUAACAAAGAAAAGACAAAAAAGGAACAAAUUAUCAUAGUUCAGGAUGUGAAAUGGCUCAAUGGAAUGCUCCAGGAGAAGAGGGCAACUGCAUCUGAGCCAGUGUACUUACACGAACUCCUGGAAAACUGCUCAGUACUUCUACCGGAAAAUCCAAUUAUUGAGAGGAGCCCUGAGCUAGAGAAGCGCUGUGAGACUCUCCGAAAGGAGCAGGAAAAUAGGAAUUAUCGCAAAAUGACCCGAAAUGUCGAGAGCUACCGAAAUCAUCCCUAUGAAGACAGCAUCUCCUAUCAAAUCAAACAAAUCAACAAACAGCUAAUCGCUGUUGCCCAAUUCAUCUUCUCAGUCAUUGCGGGAUUCGUCUUUGGCUUCCUGGGCAUUCAAUUAAUUGUGGGCAAUCUGGACUUUGGCUUUCGCUUGCUCCUGGGAAUAAUGUUCGCUUUGAUCAUUGCUCUCGCGGAGAUUUAUUUCUUGGCCAAGAAGCUCAAUGAGAAUGCCGAUGAAUUCAAAUCUGCAAGUUCUCCAGAACACAAGAGCGGAUUUAAAACUGGUCCAGUUCCAGCGAAUGGCGAUAAAGAGCACAGAGAUUAGAUUUCUGUGAAUUCCAAAGUAAUUAUCAUUUUUGUGCUUAAUGUUCGUUAUUUUAUGAAUUACAAAUAAAAUCCCUUAUUUGAGGGGGAAGUCCAGAUGA